CGAGAUAUUUGUCGGAAAUUUAAUGACGAGGCGUUUGCCAAACAAUGUGCCCGCAGCACUUUUCCAGGACUAGCAUGCAGUAGAGUCCAGCACUUUCUGCUGGUUGCAGGCUGGUUCAACAGCGGAGCGAGAGUGUUCCUGGGCCUAGCUACUGCAAGCGCGCCAUACCUGUCAGUAUCAGCCUGUCUUCUGGCAAGAAGAAGGCCUAUAUGCUGGUUCUGUGCGCCUAAAGGCUGAAGUAAGUUUAGGCCGUCAUGGACCAGGCUGUAUUGGUGGUGGACCUUGAGACUACUGACCUGAGACAGCAAAUGAGAGAGCAGAUCAGCCUGUGUCAGCCCAUGGUCAUCCGGGGAGCUCUGGCACACUGGCCAGCAAUCGCCAAGUGGGAUCCUGCAGCUGGUGGCUUCAGCAGGCUUGAGGAUUUGGCUGGCGAGGCUGACGUGCAGGUGAUGGUGGCACCUCUAGGGGAGGCGUUCUAUGGGGAUGUGCGCAGCAAGCGCUUGAUUGGAGCUACGUUCAAGGACUUCCUACAGAUGGCGCAAGCUGCCGCCAGUCAAGCGGAGGAUGGCGAGAGGGAGCAGCUUUACCUUGCGCAAUCUCCAAUUCUGGACGUGGAGCAAGAACGUCCGCAGCCGUUGGCCCCCCUCCUCGAGGACGUCCGCAUGCCCUCGUUCCUGGACGAUGAGAAGGUCACCAACAUCAACCUGUGGGUCAGCGUCAACGGCUCCAAGUCAAGCACGCACUACGACCCGUACCAGAAUCUGCUCUGCGUGGUGGCAGGAGAGAAGACAGUGUCGCUUUGGGACCCGCGGGCUACGCCGGGGUUGUAUCCGAUGGCCUUGCAUGGCGAGGCGUUCAACCAUAGUGCAGUCAACUUUGCGGCCCCCGACCAUGCCCAGUACCCCAACUACCGGGACGUCCUCCAGAGCUGCAGAACGGUGCGAGUGGGGCCGGGGGACGCGCUCUUCAUCCCCGAGGGAUGGUGGCACCAGGUCGACAGCGGCGGCACCACGAUUGCUGUGAACAUCUGGUGGCAGUCCGCCUUCUCUGCCAUGCUGGGCACCCACAUGGACGCCUACUAUGCGCGCCAAGCCAUCGCCAGCCUGCUCUUCACGGAAAAGAAGAGACGGCUGGCCUCUGUACUUCCUUACCGGACAGCAAGCUUCGUGCCGGCAAACCCCCCAGCUCCGUCUCAAAGCGCUGCCUCCCACCUUCCUGCUGAAAGCGCAAACAUGACGCUCCCAAGCACUACCGCUUCGGGAGCUGCUUCACGAGAGCCGGAAGAAGCUUCUCCAGUGACUGCGUCCACGACAGCUAAGGCGAGGAAGAAAAGGGGCGGCAAGAAGGCCGCUGCUGCCAAAAACGACCCUGUUUCAGAAGGGAAGAAGAGGCAUCAACCGGUUAGUGACCCCGGAGGAUCGAGAGAACUGCUGAAGGGAACAGAGACGGGGGCCCAACAGGCGGGCGGAGCCAGUAACGAGGCGAUAGGCCGAGUAGCUGCUUCAUUAGAUAGUUUCGUCAGUCCCGCGAAAGUGGCAAGCGACGACCGCUUCGACCCUAGCAAUUUGAGUAGUCCACCAACGCCAGGCCUGCCGGGCCUUCCAUCAACUGAACCGACUAGUGCUGCAGCGAAAGAAGGAUUAGGUGCCCACGGAGAAACAGAGCUGUCUAGCGUCCCUCCCGGAACAAGAGGGCUUGGAAAUAGCGAUCAGACCGGGGGGAAGGGGGAGUCUCAAGCUGGCGAGACUGCAAGUGAGACGAUGAGCGCAGCCGCGCGGAAGAGGCGGCGAGUGGUCGAGUCGCUUUCAACGGAGGAAGCACAACUGCUGCAAGCGCUGGUGCUGCACGCGGGGACCGGCAGCAGGACCGGAACGGACAGUCGCCGGAACGGAACUGACUUAGCCGGGACCGGGGGAUGCCAACACUGCGGAAGCUUGCGAAGUCCGGGAACAGAUGACGAGCGCUCUGACGGGCAAUCAGGAGAGGGAGCAGUGGGGGUUGAAGGCGGAAACGGAAGCGGGGAAGAAGAAGGAGAAGGGGCCCAAGAGACGGACACGGUGGCCGGCGUCUUUGCGACGAGCCAGGCGGGCAAGCUGCAGAGAGUGCUUCUGGCCAUGGCGACCGCUUUUCCGCGGGCCUUGGAACGGCUCAUCUUGUACGGCCUAUCGCCCGUCGCUGCGGAACUGCUGACGAGUCGCUUCGACGACUUUGACAAAUUGGAACCGAGAGAAGCAGCAGCCGCCGAUGACCCGCUCCAGGUUGAGUCGACGGCUGCCUUCUUUGAGCAGUUCUACUCCGUCUUUGAGGACCGAAACGCUGCGAUGGGCGCGUUGCUUGACGGCAAGGAAGCAUUUGCUGCCCAGGCUCUACGGGACGUGCUUAGGGACCUGCAAGGUGUCGACGAUGUCAGUGCCCAGUCCGGCAUGAGGAAGGAGCCAGUACGGCGGUAAGGAUCACCCGAAGGUCAUUAUGUGCAGCUUCUGUCGCGUGUGACGAGUAGAAUACGGGAACAACGGCUGUCUUCACUCACAAUCACCAGUGAGAGAGCAUAUAUACUGCAACCUGGAUAGUACAGUGUUGAUCCACCAUAUUGCGGUACGUAAUGUGGAAGUCGAAAACUGCAACAUAUCCAAAUCAGUC